GGGUGCCCCUCUGCUUUCCCUCCUCUGCCCCUCUCAACACCCCCGCGCUCACGUUUUCCCAGCAACCUCUUCCGCCCUGCGCUCUUCAACCCUUUUCCCGUCCCUCUCUAUCUCCUCUUCAGCCCGAACCCGUUCUCCCCCAUUAUCGACAUUUUGAAAAGCCAAUUUGCACAAACACAGUGGGAAUCAUCCGAACCGGAAACCAUGGAUGUUUCAGCUCUUCGUGAGUGCACUCUGUCAGCGCUCGACGCGAACGCCGACAUUCGGCGACAGGCUGAGCUACAACUGAAACAGGUACGAGAAUUCACCAUAAUGCCCCAGACACUUUACCGGUUGCUGGUUGGGUUGCUUUUAUCGUCUCCCUGUUCCGCUAGCUAAUCUUGCUUGAUUUGUUUUUGUUGUGGUAGGCGGAAUCAUCGCCUGGGUUUAUUGGUGCACUCUUGGAUAUCGUAGCGUCGGACCCUGAGCUACAAGUUCGCCUUUCCGGUACCGUUGCACCCCACAGAGCCCCCCGAAUAUUAUUAUUAUUAUUAUUUGGAGAAGGGCAAAUAUGAUGUUUUCGUUUUUGUUUUCUCCUCCGGGGAGUGAAAAAUGGAAUGCUGUUUCCGAUUGUUCUGACUUGACCUGGUGCUCUUCCAACAGCUGUGCUAUACCUUAAAAACAAAGUCGUCCGGUCAUGGGAAUUUAAUGAAGACUUCCCAAAGAACCCGCAGAUUCCCGAGAGGGAAAAGGCGGGAUUUCGUGACCGCCUUGUCCCUACCCUCGCAUCAUCCGCGCCCCAAGUACGGCAGCAGCUUAUGCCUUUGAUUGGGAAGGUCCUUCACUAUGACUUUCCCGAAAAGUGGCCCAGCUACAUGGACAUCACCCUUCAGCUCCUAGGUUCGAAUGAUAUAGGAUCCGUCUUUGCCGGGGUGCAGUGUCUACUCUCCCUUUGCCGUGUUUACCGGUUUAAGCAGGCCAACGAUAAACGGGAGGAGCUGGACCGUGUCACCCAAGCUACAUUCCCCACGCUCCUGUCUCUCGGGAAUAGAUUGGUGGAGGAGACUAGCACGGAUGCGGGUGAUAUGCUCAAGAUGAUCAUCAAAACCUACAAGCAUGUUGUUUACGUGAGUCAUGGUUCCCGUGGGUGAUGGGGCCAACAUAUCUGACCCGGCGUAAUUAGUUCGAGCUAGCAGCUCAUCUAAGGGAGGAAUCAUCCAUUGUGGCCUGGGCGACUCUCUUCCUUAAGGUGGUUGGCAAGCAAGCACCACCGGAAUCCAUGCCGGACGAUCUCGAAGAUAGAGAGAUUCAUCCAUGGUGGAAGGCGAAGAAGUGGGCAUACUCGAAUCUUAACCGAUUAUUUGUUAGGCAUGUUUCUAAGGCAUUCUGAAGUUGUGAGUGGGAGAGUUAACCUCUUUCAAUACAGAUACGGCAAUCCUACCAGUCUGGCGGCGGCAAACUCUGGGGAUUACGAGAAAUUCUCUAAGCACUUUAUUCAUCACUUCGCCCCCGAGAUUCUGAAGGUCUAUCUACAGCAGGUUGAAUUGUGGGUUUCUAAGCAGGCGUGGUUGAGCAAGAUAUGCCUGUCCAGUACAAUCGCUUUCUUGGAUGAAUGGUAUGUUGCGAGCUGUUCAUGUUUCAUUCCACUGCUUGGCGCAGGAGUGAGUCUGAUUUCCGUCCUGCACAGUAUCAAACCGUCCGCCACAUGGAAACACCUAAACCCCCAUAUCGGAAACUUAAUUUCGCACGUGUUGUUCCCUCUACUGUGCCAAUCGGAUGGAGACCUCGAAUUGUUUGAGUCUGACCCGGCAGAGUACUUGACUCGUAAAAUCAACUUUUAUGAAGAAAUAUCAGCGCCGGAUGCUGCUGCCACCAAUUUCUUGAUUACCCUUAGCAAGUGCCGACGAAAGCAGACCUUUACCGUUAUUAACUUUAUCAAUGAUGUUGUUAAUAGGUAGGAUUUAUGAAACCAGAGAGGGCUGAACGAUGUGCUAAUCUUGGCGCUAGGUAUGAGGCAGCUCCAGGAAAUGAGAAGAACUAUCGAGAGAAGGAAGGCGCUUUGAGAAUGAUUGGAACACUCUCUGCAAUAAUUCUUGGCAAGGGCAGUCCAAUUGCGGACCAGGUCGAAUAUUUCUUUGUUCGUCAUGUUUUUCCGGAGUUCCGAAGUCAGCACGGGUUCCUCCGGGCACGUGCUUGCCAUGUCUUGGAGAAAUUCUCGGACCUUGAUUUCAAGGAUGAGAAUGUAGGUUUCGGUGUUUUCCGGUAUUGUGUCCAUCUGCUGACUAUUUCUUAGAAUGUUGUCCUUGUCUAUCAGAACAUCUUACAAUGCCUUGCCGACUCCGAGCUUCCUGUUCGGGUGGAGGCUGCUUUGGCCUUACAGCCCCUGAUCAGGCAUGAUUUCAUUAGGAAGUCUAUGCAACAGAACAUUGCGGAUAUUAUGCAACAAUUGCUGAAGUUGGCCAACGAGGUUGAUGUCGAUGCAUUGUCAAACGUGAUGGAAGAAUUUGUUGAGGUAUUCGCGUCGGAGUUGACGCCGUUUGCUGUGCAGCUCACCGAGCAACUGGUAUGUUCUUCCGGGUAUGUUUUUCAUUUUGUGCAACGUCUCACAACGGUUUAGAGAGAUACCUAUCUCCGGAUAGUCCAGGAUGUUAUUGAUAAGGGUGCAAAUUCUCUUGAUGACGAUGCCGACAACUAUCUAGAUGACAAAAGCAUUACAGCCUUGGGGGUUCUGCAGACCAUUGGGACUCUCAUUUUAACGUUGGAGAGUAGCCCCAAUGUUCUCCUGCGCCUUGAGCAAAUACUCGUCCCCGUUAUUACCAUCACCUUAGAGCAUAAACUGUUUGGUGAGCAUCCAUUUGAGAUUUUGUCGGGUAUAUUACUCAUUUUCCGGCUUGGUUAGAUUUAUACAAUGAGGUGUUUGAAAUCAUUGAUAGCUGUACCUUCGCUGCGAAGGCAAUCUCGAAUACUAUGUGGGUUGUUUUUGAGCUCAUUCAUAAAUCAUUCAAAGACCGUGGAGAGAUUUAUAUUGAGGGUAAGAAAUACCUCGUUGCGGAACAUAUCUUGGAGCUAACACUCGCAGAAAUGCUCCCCGCUCUCGACAACUAUGUCUCAUACGGCGCAGAUACGUUGAAGGAAAACCCUGCCUUGUUGGAAGCUGUGUUUGACAUUAUUCAAACUGUAGGCCCCCCGUCCCGUUCGUGUUGAAUACGUGGGCCUGACGAGCUACUUUAGAUCUUCACAAAUGAGCGCCUAGGGGCCAUGGAUCGCAUCUGCGGGUGCAAGCUCGCUGAGGCUGUGCUACUUAACCUUCGGGGGCGUGCUGAUCAAUAUCUCCCUCGGUUCGUUGAAAUCGCAAUGACAUGUCUCAACGCCCCAGGGGACAUCAAGUCGUAUCGGAUUCACUUGAUGGAAAUGAUUAUCAACUGCAUCUACUAUAACCCCUCGGUCACAUUACAAAUCCUUGAACAGCACGGCUGGACCAACAAAUUCUUUAGUUUAUGGUUCUCAAACAUCGAGAAUUUUAAUCGGGUUCACGAUAAGAAGUUGUCCAUUGUGGCAAUUGUUGCAUUAAUCCAACUACCUGCCGAGCAGAUUCCUCAGAGCAUUCAGCCUGGAUGGCCCAAGCUUAUGCAAGGGAUUGUUCAGCUGUUCCAGACCCUACCCAUUGCAAUGAAGAGUAAGCCCUAUCCGUAAUACUAGGAAAUUGCACAAGCUAACCUGGCCUAGACCGCGAAGAAAUUCAGAAGGAGGGACUGACCAUUGACGAUACAUAUGACACGGAGAGCGACACAGAAUGGGAAGGCGAGGCUGUCUGGAGUGCCGAUGCAGAUGAAGGCGACGAGGCGGAUGUCCCCGAUGAGAGCAGUGCAUAUAUGGACUUCCUAAACAGCGAGGCACAGGCCCGUGGAGGUUCAGGCCUUGCUACGGCAUGGGCUGAUGAUGAUGACGAUCUCGAGGAGGAAACAUUGUUGGAGACUCCUCUUGACCACAUUGAGCCUUAUAUGCUCUUCCGUAGUGCCUUGAUGGGUGGGUUCCUAUAUGCGCUGCUGGUUGUGAUUGAUUGCUAAUCGCCUAAUUAGAUCUUCAAAAUACGCAACCUCACCUCUACGAAGGCCUCACUAAAUCCCUGAGCGACGAUGACAGGAACGUCAUCAAGGGUGUGAUAAUGGAGGCGGAAGCUAGAUCCCGUGCCAGUGAGGCGACGGCAGCAGCUCUGGGAGUAAAAAAUGGCAACAAUUAGUAUCUUUCCAGCGUCUGAUGUUGUGCAAUGGAUGUGUGUUGGAUUUAAUGCCUUUGUUCGUUUGUCUGUGGUGUCGGUAAAAAAAAAAGCCAGGUUUGGGUUCUUUCUUGCUUCUCUCCCUUUCUUGCUACAUCCAAGGACUCUUUUUUUUUUCUUUCCCCUACAUUUUCAUCACUUACCUUCUGUCAAUUUUUUUCUUUCUUCCCCUUGCUCAUCUUCUCAUUUCCGUCAUCUUUUUCUUUCUUUUUUCUGCUUCCCACAUGCCAGAAUUAGAUCAAAUGUCUUGACGGUCGGCCUUACGAAGAGGAUGAUUGGGAGGGGGGGCCAGGGAGCCAUUGUAGUAAUUACCAUGUUUCAAAUAAUGUUGUGCUGUAACAAUAUGUCGGAAGUGGUCUUUGUA